AUGACAGAACUUGCACCUAAAUCAAUCGUAUAUUGCGGUAUAUGUUCAUGGCCACCUGAAUAUUGUGAAUUUGGAGUCAGUAGAGCCAGAUGUCAAUCAUGGUUAGACACCAACCAUCAUGAUCUCUAUGAGAAGAUUUAUACCGAAGACAUCACCAAUCAAACGUCGACACUUUCCCUUGAAAAGCAAGAAAAGUUAAAUAAUGAUCUUGCCAAGGCCCAACAUAAACAAGAAUUGAAACAGGAAAGAGAAUUGCAAAAGAUGUUGAAUUCCAAGAUUGUCAUUAAGAGAAUUGAACGUAAUAAGCGAAAACAUAUAAUUUCAAUUUCUGGAUUGGAAGUGUUCAACUUAGAUAGUAAGAAGUUGGCAAAGACAUUUGCAUCUAAGUUUGCAACUGGUGCUUCCGUUACUAAAAACGCCGACAAAACUGAAGAAAUUUUGAUUCAAGGUGAUGUAUCUGAUGAAGCCAAGGAAUACAUUGAAAAGCUUUUACAAGAUCAAGGAUUGAACGACAUCAAGGUCGAACAAAUUGACGACAAGAAGAAGAAAAAGAAAGAUGCAGCAGCAGCUGCUGCUGCUACCACCGCUGGUUCCACCUAA